UCUAAUCACAAAACUAAGUAAAAUACUUUACAAACCAAAUUAAAGGUUUCCGAAAAGAUACAUUCCAAAAAUGGGUUUGAUGACUAGGGCAUUUUUUAUGAUCGCCAUGGUUGCAUGUCUUACAUCAGUUGCUCAUGCCAUUGCUGGCCAAGCAACUUUCUACACUCCUCCAUAUGUUCCAUCAUCAUGUUAUGGCUUCGAAGACCGCGGUGUUAUGAUUCUAGCAGCAAACAGUGGUUUGUUUAACAACCGAGCUGCGUGUGGACAGAGGUACCGUGUGAGUUGCACGAGUAGGACCAAUGAUGGCGUUUUGCAACCUUGCACAGGUAGGAGUGUUGAUGUUACAGUUGUUGAUCUUUGUCCCGGAUGUAAUCCAAAUCAAGUUGAUCUUUCCCGUGAGGCGUUCCAAGUGAUUGCUAACCCUGAUGCAGGGAGGAUUAACAUCGAGUAUAACCGGAUCUAAUCAAACAAAUAUACAUGCAAGAUAUCAAUAAUGAACUCUUUUAUGAGUUCUUUUCAGAAUAAACAAGACUCAAGGGCAUUGUAAUCAUGCUUGUAUAUGUCUCUUAAAGCAAAUUAUCAUUUCGUUUAAUAAAGUUGUUGGUUUUAUAAUACCAAAAUGUUCAUUUUUGUUUUCAGUA